AUGCGGUCCCAGGGAGGGGAGGGCAUGUUCCUGCCACCGUGCCUGGCUUGCCUGGCAUUGCCAGGGCUUCAGGCUAAGCGAGGAUGCAGCUCUGGGGGCCAAGGAGCCAUUGGGAACCAGCAUGAGCUGAACCGGAUCUUUCGUGGCUGCCCGUUUCGGCGCAGGCUGCCCCGGGAACCUCGGGAGGAGGUCAACACCGAGCGGGUGGAGGUGGAAUCCCGCGGUGUCAACCACGUGGAGGGCGGCUGGCCCAAAGACAUCAACCCGCAGGAGGUGGAGCAAACCAUCCGCUUCAGGAAGAAAGUGGAGAAAGAUGAACACUACAUCAACACCAUCACGCACCUCGGCACCCUGAUGGAGCACUGCGUCAAGCAGAACAACGCCAUCAACAUCUAUGAGGAGUACUUUGGAGAGGAGGAGGUGAUAGAGGUGGAAGACGAGCCCCCUUCCGCAAAAACCAUCAAUGUCAUCAGGGAUCCAAACAUAACCAAGAGGACGGCCACGCAUCUCUCCUGGCACCCCGACACAUGCAAGAAAUUGGCAGUGGCUUAUUCCAGCCUCGAGUUCCAGCAAAACACAAAAGACAUGAGCUUUGACUCGUACAUCUGGGAUCUUGAAAACCCCAACAAGCCGGAGCUUGUUCUCAAGCCGUCAUCCCCUCUCGUGAGCCUGGAAUACAACCCCAAAGACUCGCACGUCCUGGUGGGAGGAUGCUACAACGGGCAGAUGGCUUACUGGGACACCAGGAAAGGGGGGUUGCCCGUGGAGGUGUCCACCGUGGAGGUCAGCCACAGGGACCCCGUGUACGGAGCCAUCUGGCUGCAGUCCAAAACGGGCACCGAGUGCUUCUCAGCCUCCACCGACGGACAGGUCCUGUGGUGGGACAUCCGCAAGCUGUCUGAGCCCACCGAGACGCUGGUCUUGGAUGUCACCCGGAAAGGGCUCCUGGAGAACGCUCUGGGUGCCGUCACGCUGGAGUUCGAGCCCACCAUGCCCACCAAGUUCAUGGUGGGCACAGAGCAGGGCAUCGUCAUCGCCUGCAACCGCAAGGCCAAGACACCCUCCGAAAAAAUCACCAGCACCUACAGUGGCCACCACGGACCUGUCUACGCGCUGGCCAGGAACCCUUUCUGCCCCAAAAUCUUCCUGACGGUCGGCGACUGGACUGCUCGAAUCUGGUCAGAGGAGACCAAGGAAUCGUCAAUUAUGUGGACCAAGUACCACCUCUCCUACCUGACGGACGGGUGCUGGAGCACUGUGAGGCCGGCCGUCUUCUUCACCACCAGAUCGGACGGGACCCUGGACGAGGUAGAAGAGAAGCCGGUGGAGAGUCCCCAUGAGGUGCUCAACCGUGCCCGCAGGGAGUUCUUCGAGGUCAUCGAAGUGGAGCUGCAGAGGAGGGCGCAGGCAGAGACCCAGCACCUGCGUGGCAAGGUUAAAGACCGCGCGGGAGAGGAGGCGGCUGCACAGGGGGAAGAGAGCCAGCUGCUCAAGGACAAGGAAGAAGAGGAGGAGGAGAAGGAUGCUGCCAAG